UAAGGUGCAGUAGUUUAGGGCAGCCCACAGGCUACGCUCUCUACAAUAGCAUUGUCCAUUGUCCACAGGGCAAUCAAACAAGCAGGCUGUGCAGUAUAAAGCAGACUAUACGUUGAAAUCAGAGUAUUUUUUCCUUUAAUUAUGACUGUGUUCCAACGUGGUCUCUCUCUUGUUACACACAAAACACGGACCCAAACCGCAUGUUGCACACGUCAUGACACCACAGUAGGCACUGGCACACACACAUUUCUAUCCAGUUCCAAUUGCAUCGCACAAAUCUGUUCCACGCCGCAAACCCCGCCGAAUCAAUAUUUCAUCGUCCCAACUAUCAAUACAUUAACUCGCUUCUCGUCUCCGAGUCCGGGGAAACCUACAGUGAGCAGGCAACAGUGGAGCCCGUAAAAUAUCAAUGGCUAUGGCCGGCUUAGCAAAAUAGGCCCCCUGCGCUCCGAUGUCCCAGCGCCCCUCCACCCAUCGUCAUUAGAGGGGUAAUUCUUUGUGCUGGCAAGCCUAGAAACAGGAAAGUCGCUGUCUCUCGGCGAUGCGGCAGCGUCGGGUUCCGUGAUGGAAGCUGGCCGGAUGGUUGGUUGGUUCGUCUUCGUACAGCGGCGCAGGAUUACGCUGCAUCUACUAGGUGCCCAGUGCCGCUACCAUCUCAUUGGCUACGGAACAUGCUCUCUCUCCGUUCAAUGCCGUUCAACCACUGCCGUGUCGGACUGAUUGUAGCAACCACCACGUUGUCCUCAUAACUGAGAGAUGCCGAUGGCUUUGUCUGACCGCCCCUCAAAACCACAAACAAAUAGCGCCAGCCUCUCGGACCAUCGUCUGGUGAUCAAUGCCACCUCCACGCGGCGCACACCUCCAGUAGCCAGCGAGCGCAUGGCCAUUCCUAUGGCUCCCUGCGGCUGCUAGUCCGUGGCCGCUUCGCAACGGAGGCCCGCUCCUCCUCAUCCUUCCCAGUGGACUUCGGCCUGGCUCGGAGCAUGCGUUUCCACUUUUCCCACGACCUUACGGCGCCUGGUUAGAGAAGUUCACCCUAGAAACUACUCGCCGCUUUAGCGUGAGGGGCAAUCUGUUGGGGUAUGGAGGGGGAGAGAUCGUGUUCAGCUGGCCGCUUAGCGCUGAUUCUAGUGGCAUGGGGAAGCCUAUUGUAUCGCGCGUUAGACGACACUUGUUUGCCUCUGUCUUUGAGUCACGCCGCUCAGCUGAAGAGAAGGCUGCCGAUAUAAAGGGAGGGUAUUUUCUUCUGUAUCCUGCGUACAAGAAGGCAAGAGGCCCAAGGUUUGGCCAUUUUCAAUUAUCAGUAGCCAUGCAGAUUUCCCUCUCAACCCCGCCAGCGGAUGCAGUAGAUACCGUCGUGGGGGUACUCGCUGCGUGGCAAUCCGACGCCACCAUUCACAAUCUACACCCUGGAGACAUUGGCUGGCACCUGCGAGAUGGACCCGACAAAACAGCGUCUUGUCUCCGCUGCUGGUCUACUGAAGACGGUACAAUAUUGGCCAUUGGCCUACUUGAUCUCAAGAACCUGUUGCGAGUAACUACUGCGCCAUCCGCCAGGCACGAUGAGUCGCUCGCAGAGGCAAUGGCAGCAGAUAUCACAGAUCCAGCAAAGGGUGUUUUGCCUGAGGGUGACAUAUCAGUCGACAUUGCACCGGACGCUCUAUUGCACGAAAAACUGGUAGGAUCAGAAGGCUGGACCGAAGGAAAGGAAUGGGUAUGGUUGAGAAGAGACGGAAUAACUGGCACGCCAGUGAAUACAAACAUCGAGCUGUCAUUUCAGAUUGUAACCACAGAGGAGCAGAUCUCUCAGAGAGUUCAGAUCCAAAAACUUGCCUUUCCUACGUCAACAUUUAGCGUGGAAAAGUGGCAUACUAUGGCAUCUACCGCCGCGUACAAGACAGCACGCUGUCUGCUGGCGUACAAAACCGACGUCUCUACCGAACCUAUACCUGUCGGCGUGACCACAGUCUGGUCUGCUGGCCCAGGACGGCCUGGUUUAUUGGAACCAUUAGGCGUCAGUGCAGUGCACCAAGGCCAUGGCAUCGGCAAGGCGCUCACGUAUGCAGCGGCGGAGCAUCUACACAAGAUGGGGGCUUCUAGCGCGAUGGUAGCGACGCCUAGGGACAACCACGCGGCGGUUCGCACAUAUCAAAGUACAGGGUUUGUGGAGAUUCGAGCAACCAGGGAUUUAACUCGACGCAAUUGAAUAAGAACGUCCAGUAUUACGGCUAUUACAACUAGCCAAGUCACUCGCUAUUGACAAUGGGAAUAAUUUGAUUCACAAACACACAUUUCUGUCUCCCUCAGCUGGGGGAACCAUGUGCUAAAGCAGCGUCCCGACUAAACCCUUUAUAGGCAACUCCAUAGCCCGGACGGUCGACCCUUUAACGGCUAGGCUGGGCCAUUGCGUCAGAGGAGCCCACCACAAAAGCGCCCAUUC